GGCACAAAAUGGCGACGUACACAUGAGGACGUGACGUAUUUCGCAAUGACAUUUUAGUGUGUAAUUUGAGUGUUCUUUUAUAAGGCUGCGAUUCUCUCUGUUGUAUUAUUUAAUGUUUGUACCGUCUCGCAAGGAGGCAUCAUAGCAAGACAAUGAGUGGAUCUGCGAUUCAGGAGAAGGUUGCUAAGCUGUUGAGCAGACAGAAUGGGAAACCUGCACUCAAAGCUACAAAACCCCUGGUGCUCAAAAAUGAGGUCCCCAUCCGUAAAAUGAAGAAAGGAGAGGCCACCUGCGUUACAGAGAUGUCAUUGCUUAUGGCCUGCUGGAAACAGAACGAUUUUAACAAUGCAGUCUGCCCUCAAGAAGUCACCGCUUUCUACACAUGUGUCGAAAAGGCGAAGAGCAAGAACCAGGGAAGGCAUGGAGCUCGACUUUUGCCUGAGGAAGUCAACACCUUAUUGAAACGAUUUCCCAACCAGGGAAGUCUGAUCUAAAAGUGCAGUCUCAUAGAUUAGUCUAAGAAUGGACAGUUUUAUUAUUUGAGUUCUGUUAAUGGGGACUUUAGUCUAAGUGCACUGGGACAGCCAAGUGAUGAGAAAGGGGUGUGGAAAGCUUUACUGAAAAACAGCAAUGAAACUGUCACUGGAACUCAAACUCUGCCAAAAACACAUCAGCAGGUGCAUGCAGAGCAAAUAAGCUGCAUUCAUAAAGUUCAAAAGCACUUUUGGUGAUUGGUACAUUUUCCCGGCUGCACUCCUGUAAGUCAUCCCAUUAAAACAAAACAAGGAUGAAAAACUGGUUCUUUUGUUCACAUAAAUUGACAGUCUACCAAGAAUAUAAACUCACUGGCCACUUUAUUAGGUGCACCUUACUAGUACCGGGUUGGACCCCUUUUGCCUUAAGAACUGCCUUAAUCCUUCGUGGCAUAGAUUCAACAAGUUACUGGAAAUAAUUCUCAGAGAUAUUGGUCCAUAUUGACAUGAUAGCAUCACGCAGCUGCUGCAGAUUUGUCUGCUGCACAUCCAUGAUGCAAAUUUUUUUGAAGUACUGUUGCCUUUCUAUCAGCUUGAACCAGUCUGGCCUUUCUCCUCUGGCAUUAACAAGGCAUUUGUGCCCACAAAACUGCCGCUUACUGGAUAUUUUCUUUUUUUCGGAUCAUUCUCUGUAAACCCCUAGAGGUGGUUGUGCGUGAAAAUCCCAGUAGAUCAGCAGUUUCUGAAAUACUCAUACCAGCCCAUCUGGCACCAACAACCAUGCCAUGUUCAAAGUUACUUAAAUCAUCUUUCUUUCCCAUUCUGAUGCUCGGUUUGAACUGCUGCAGAUUGUCUUGACCAUGUCUACAUGCCUAAAUCCAUUGAAAUGCUGUCAUGUGAUUGGCUGAUUAGAAAUUUGCAUUAACGUGCAGUUGGACAGGUGUACCUAACAAAAUGGCCAUUGAGUGUAAAUCUCAUCAUUUACUCAGCCUCAUGUCAUCUUGUGUGUUCAACAGUUGAAACAGUCAAUGACAAGUACAUGAUAAUGGAUUUUAUUUUUAGUGAUGUCCUCUAUAACCAUAAUCUGUUAUUAAUGUUUAAAUUGCUUCCUCAGAUAAUCUCAGUGUUCUUAAUUAGAGCAUCAGUGGCAUAUUUAAUUUCUGACAUGAAUUAAAAUGAGGAUGUGUGGGACUGAAGUACAGUGUGUUCAAUGGAUUAUUCUGCUCAUUAAACUUCAAGCAGACAAAAUCUCCAUAAAACGGUUUUGAAAAUGAUGUGAUAUCUAGGACCUUUCUACAUAGUGUGCCAUUGUAAAGACUGUAAGUCUAUCCCUCGCAGCCUCGUUUUCAUUCACAUAAACUUCACCAUGGCCUCUAAUCUGAGAUCUAUUGUAUUGGUUUUUGGUUUUAUUUUUCUACAUCUCCUCUGCAUAACUGAGCUGUGACCUGUGAAACCUGCUGGUUUAUUUAUUUAACAAUUUCUCUUCCUGUUUCGUGUUGCGUCCACAAUAUAAUUAGUCUCAGCCAUUCUCAAUUAUCAGAAAAUUGAGAUCAAGGCAGAAGUACUCAGUGCUGGAUUGUGUUACAUACCAUUGCAAAGUAUAUCAGUGUUGUCUGAGAGAGCCUUGCCUUAAAGAUCAAAAUAACUCAUUUAUAGGCAUAUCUAAUAAUAAACAAUACACGUUCUAUUCCGAUGAUAGUUUUCAUGUUUAGACUGAUGUGAUUUGAAACACUGUGUGACCAUGGUUUAGUUCCCUUAAUGCAGUUUAACCAUGGCCAUCCUGUGAUAACACUGCCCACCAUUUCCUUAGGCUGAUUAUCUACAGUUGUCUGCAGUUUAAUGUGUUUAAACCCCAAAGGAAAUGCCCUGUUAUUUAGUCACAACAUUUUUCAGAUUUGGACAGUCAUCAACAGAACAAACUUCUGAAAUCAGUAUAGUAACAAUGAACAGCCCAAAAUACUUUGAUCUAAGCUGAACUAAUAUAGCUAAUGGCUCGCAUAAUCAACCAAAUAAUGCCUCGAAGAUUUAAUUUCAAUACUUCAAGGUGUCUAAAGUGAUGACCUUUUAACUCAACAUGUCUUAUUCACUAUAUAAAGUAAACCAAUCCCUAUAACGUGAGUAUAAACCAGAUUAACACCCCAGAACAGAGUGUGGAUGAAUGCCAAGCAAUGCAGCCACACCUCUGGGCAUCUGAUAAGAGAAAGCAAACUUUUAUCAUUUCUUUUUGUUUGUUUUUUUAGCUCCCUGAUAUGCGAUUUAAAAAAAAUUGCCUAAUGAACAUGGCUUUUUGCAUCAAAUCAAUGUUUUAAGCAAUGAUGUGAUCUUCACCAGUGUGCCAGGCUGUACAAUCUUUCUAAGAUUGAAUGUUAUUUCUCUUUUUGUAUCUAGAAGUAAACUGAUCCUCCAGAUGAAUGAAUUACAGCAUAGACGACUUAUGUUAAUCAUAUGAAUAAUGUGUUUAAUUGUGGUGGGGUUUAAAGAAACCUUUGAUCUUUUAUUCAGUAAAGGAUUGAGGUAUUGUUGACUUCUA